AUGAAUUUACCCCUCCAGGCGUCAACCACAAAACAGCGCCUCGCGGUCGCAAUCUGCGAAUUCCUCUCGUCUUCCGUCGCCGACGGCACCGUCCCCGCCGACGACAAGGACUCCAUCGACGUCGCCAUCCAGUGCAUCGCCGACUCUUUCAAGGUCGACCCCUCCGACAAGAAGCAGCUCGCCGACGCCGUCGGAACCCAGAACCUCUUCCAGAUCUACGCCGUCUACGAGUCCCUCAAGAAGGCAAAGGAGCAAAACGCCGCUUCUUCCGCCUCCGCCUCAACACCCGCCGCAAAUGCUAAUGCUUCUGCUUCCGCUUCCUCAAAAGUACCGACCGAGGAGGAGAAGAAGGAGGCCGACUCCCUCAAGUCCCGCGGCAACGCCGCCAUGGCCUCAAAGGACUACGCUUCUGCCAUCGCUCUGUACACCCAGGCUCUGGCCCUGAACCCCGGCAACGCCGUCUUCCUCUCCAACCGUGCCGCCGCUCACUCCGCCAACAAGGACCACGAGUCCGCCAAGGCCGACGCGGAGGCCGCCGUCGCCAUCGACCCCGCUUACACCAAGGCCUGGUCUCGCCUGGGUCUGGCCCGCUUCGCCCUCGGCGACGCCAAGGGCGCCAUGGAGGCCUACGGCAAGGGCAUCGAGUACGAGGGCUCUGGUGGUUCCGAGGCUAUGAAGAAGGGCUACGAGACGGCCAAGCGCCGUGUUGAGGAACUGGAGCGCGACGAAGUUGAUAUGCCUCGCUCCUCUCCUGGUGCCGGCGCCGGCGCUGGAGGCAUGCCUGACCUUAGCAGCCUGGCGAGCAUGCUCGGCGGAGGCGGAGCCGGUGGUGGUGCCGGUGGUAUGCCAGACUUCAGCCAGAUCAUGAACAACCCCAUGUUCGCCAGCAUGGCCCAGAACCUGAUGAGCAACCCUGAGCUGAUGGGUAACCUCAUGGGCAACCCCCGCUUGCGUGAGAUGGCCGACCGCUUCGGUAGCGGCGGUGGUAUGCCUGAUAUCAACUCUUUGAUGUCUGACCCCAACAUUGCUGAGAUGGCAAGAAACAUGAUGGGAGGUGGAGGUGCCCCUGGCGGAGGUGCCCCUGGUGGAGGUGCUGGUGCUGGUCGAGGAGGCUCCUCGUAA